GAUUUGUAUGACAGGGAAUCAUUCUAACAUCUACUACCAAAGUAGCAACAGAAAAGAAAAUGGCCGCUAAAAUCUUCCUUUCCCUUUGCGCUUCUGUACUAUUGGCUAAAUGCGUGUAUAGCCAAUGCCUUGCGCGUGAGGCUCUAAUUGGUCCUGGUCUUGCCGGGCCCUUCGGCGCAGGAUGGGCGUACGAUGGAUUCGGUCCCUUCGACGGUCUGGGCUACGGCGGUGCGUGGGCUGCAGGUCUCGGCCCCAUGGGUCCAGGCCUCGCAGGCUUGGCUCCCGCUACUGGCCUUGCCGCAUCAUACGGUGGCGGUCUUGCCAUCACAAGUGCUUCACCCAUCGCUCCCACUGGACUCUCUGUCACCUCUGAGAAUGCUAUCGAGGGUACCCUUGCCGUGGUCGGUCAGCUGCCUUUCCUUGGCGCCGUGGCGACAGAUGGCGCGUUUGCCACCGUUGGUGCUGGUGCUGUGUCCUAUGGUUGCGGCGACGGCGCUAUCGGUAUCGUAGCUGAAGCUCCUAUUGCCCCGGUUGGUCCAAUAGCCCCAGCUGCUGCUGUUGGCUACGGCCCAGGACUGGCCCCGUUCGGCUACGGUCCUGCCCUUGCCGGCUUUGGUCCUCUUGGUGGAUGCGGCUGCGGUGCCAUUUAUUAAAUAGUUGUUUUGUUGUUUAACCUUUUAUAUUUUAUAUCGAAAUCAAAAUAUAUUUUGUAAAUAAUU